UGAAUAUUACACACCUACCCGUAUAAGAAAAUGAAGGAUAUUGCACUGAGUUUGAUUUUGAGCAAAGAAAAAGUGUGUAUUCAAUACACAAUUAAACGGAAAAAAGAUGAGUGAAACGAGAAUAAAUGAAAUAAUUGUUGCGGCGAUAGAUUUUGGAACGACAUUUUCUGGUUACGCCUACUCUUAUAGGGAGGAGUACUUACGAGAUCCACUUCAGAUAUAUUCAAAUCGCUGGGAUGGCCAGAUUCUUCCGCAAGCCCCUACUGUGCUACUGUUCAACAGUGAAAAGACGGAAUCUUACUUCGGAUUUGAGGCGGAAGAGAAAUACGAUGGACUAAUAAAAAGAAAAGAACAUAAAGACUGGCGAUAUUUUCGAAGGUUCAAAAUGGAUCUUCACAGAGAGAAAAAACUCACACGGAAAAUGACUAUAAAAGAUGCACAAGGGAGAAAUAUGCCUGCGGUGGAAGUUUUUGCCGCUGCCAUUAGACAUUUGAAGAAUCAUUUUAUGGAGCAGGCUAAGCUGAGGGUAAAUAUCCAGGAGAAUGAAGUUCGUUGGGUGAUCACCGUCCCUGCUAUCUGGAGUGAUGAUGCCAAAGAAUUCAUGGUUGUGGCGGCAGAAAUGGCUGGAAUAAAAGAAGAUAAAUUAUCACUUGCAUACGAACCAGAAGCUGCGGCUAUCUACUGCAAACAUAUGAGACUUGCAAAGCUUAGAGAGCCAGGAAAAGAUGCAACAAUUCAACCGUUUCCUACGGGACUAAAGUUUCUUGUUCUUGAUCUUGGAGGUGGAACUGUCGACAUUUCCGCACAUCAAGUGCAAGACGACGGCUCUCUAAAAGCACUUAGAGAGCCUUCAGGUGGAAAAUGGGGAGGGACUCUUGUCGAUGACGGUUUUUUAGAAAUAUUUGAAGGUCUCUUUGGAGCUGAUUUCAUGACUGGCCUAAAAAGCGACAUUGAACAAGCCGAAUCUAAACGCGAGCUUGAUGCCGAAAUUGAAAUGAAGAAGAGAACAAUUGUUGGUAAAAGUAAUGCCAAGGCUAAUAACGUUAUUUCGAUUAAAUUACCAUUCGCAUUGCUUGAAGGAACAAAGUCUGCUCAGUUUGAAAGUGCUUUAGAAAGCGGAAUAUAUGAACUCAUACAAGGUAAACUCCUAAUUGACAAUUCAAUUUUGUUAUCGGCCUUCGAAAAUUCAGUUUCGAAAAUCGUAGAACAUCUUAACUUUCUGCUGGGAAAGACCGAGUUGGAACGAUUGGAUGCUGUUGUUAUGGUGGGUGGAUUUUCAGACUCGAAAGUAGUUCAGGAAGCAAUCAAAGACGUUCUAGAGAAUUACCCGAAUGUAGACUUGAUAAUACCAGAGAACAGCGCUUCAGCUAUUGUUCACGGAGCUGUCUUAUAUGGAUUCAACCCAUCAGUCAUAUCAACCCGGAAAUCAAAAUACUCUUAUGGAAUUAGUACAUCGGCUCCGUUUGUUGAAGAACUUCAUCCGUUGUCACAUAGGGUGCAAAGAGAUGGGUCCAACCAAUGUGAAGACAUAUUCAAGGUCUUUGUUAAGAAAGGUGAGGAAGUGAUCCCUGGACAAACAACGGCUACUCACGAGUUCAACCCCUCUCCGCUUACUAGAGAGAAUCAAACUAUUGAAGUUUAUAAGUCAGAGGAAGACGAACCACCAAAGUUUGUUACAGAAUGUCAGAAAGUCGGGCUUGUGUGUUUUACUGUUCCCGAUAGUGACUUUGAUGUAACGACUGUCAGAGUAGACAUGAAGUUUGGAGGUACACAGAUGACCGUUUCCGCAGUCGUAAAUGGGCCGAAUGGAAGUAAAUCAGUGGAAGCCUUUUUUGAUUGGCUAUAAUACACAUUUCCUUUCAGUGGAUAAGAUAGCGUAGUAUAAUUAGUGUGAUAAUUUGAUUGUAAUAUUGUAGUCAUUGUAUAUGAUUCAAAUCGUUGUAUGAAGCUUGGAUACGAAGAUGUUGUGUUACCAAACAUUGUGUGAAAACUACAAAAAGUUCCAGUGCUCAACUGAUGGUAUGCUCUUGUUCAACUAUAAAAAAAGAUAAUUGGCAUCAAGUUUAUAAACAGUAUGCCUAAUAGAUUUACUACAGGAUUGUACUUUUUAAAUUGAAGGAAAACAUUUGAAUAGUUUAAACUGUCAGUUGAAAGUUCUCGCGCAGCAAUCAUUGCAAACUGGUAUUUUGGUAAGAGGCCUGCGACACUAUCCACCUUGUGUACGGCCGGCUAAAACAGGAAGGAAUCCUGGUCGUUUUCGGACUCUUAACGCCGUACUCCAAAUAUCAUCUACUGCAAAAAAAAAAAAAAAACAAUUAUACAAUUAAUACCAAUCAUCAUACAGAUGUAACUACUCUACUUUUUCAACACUUAAACAUCUUGUGAUUGUGUUAGAAGACACAUAUAUAAUGAUAUUUAUAAUAUACAUUUUCUCCUUGAUGUAUACAUUAUAUAUUUUUACUGUUUUGAUUUGGGGUUUUGGGCAUAAGAUUGUUACAUACAUUGUAUAAUUUACAUUGUUUAGCAUAUUGCUAAAUUCUCUACUGAAACAAACUUGUUAUUGAGGUAGACUCAAUGAAUUACUUGGAUUUUAUUUAAACCCUGGAUAUAAAGGCAACAUUUUGAAAAGUACUUGCCUUCUAGUUUUUGAAGAUGAAUUCCUAAAACAAAUUAUAGGGUUGAAUAUUGCAUCCUUACAUAACUAAGCUUUCAGUUCCUUGAUUUUAUGAAAAGUUUGCUAAUUCAUGUUAUCUUUAAAACCGUUUUUGGUUGACCGGAGUGUUUUGGCAUGUGAAGUCAUUUUCUUCAAAUAUUUUACAUAGGUGAUCAUUUGGAAGAAAAAAUAAGCUAAUAUAUGUCGCUUUAAUUUUUAAUAAUGUUUUCUUUAUUUGUUCCCAGUUUUAGUUCAAUGAUGCUUUUUAUUAUGAAACUCUAUGAUCACACAGUUUUAAACCUUUUAUUUUAUAAGGCAGACUGUGUGUGAUGCUUAUAGUUUCAAACAAUGACUGCAUGGUAUCUUUGAAAAGUUUUUGUAUUAGGUGCUUUGAAUUGUAUUCCUCCGUCUGCAAAUAGAGUUUGGAUCUCUACUCAUAAAAGCACUAAGGGUUUACCUGUUAGUUUAUUAUUAUUUGUUUUAUUGUUAAGUUUCCUCAAGUUAAUUCAUACUUUGAUAAGAUUUACCUUUAGCGUUUUUUUUUCUUUAUUUAGGAUAAUUGGGAUAAGGGUAAGGUUUGUGCACUUAUACUGGUUUAACUUCCCAGUACAUUUACAUUUUACUGACUGUUCCAAGGCGGUACCAAACAAUCCUUGAUAAACAUACCUAGUUUUUUUAUAUAAAGUAUGUAUGCAAUGUGCUCUUUGUGUAGUUUUGUGCUGUUCUUCCAUGAUUCUUGUUUGUGAUCUUUUGGUUUUUAUGUUUUAUGUCUUUGGCGUUUGACCAGUUUCAAUAAACCGGGUUUAUAUUUAAACGUUUGCUACUGAGCUUGUUUCUGUAGUUUUUCGCAUAACUAUUGUACCGAGAUACAAGACUUAAACACUUAACGUCGAGAACACAGUUUGACCAUUCAGUGUAAGAGACGCUUGUAAAUUACACAUCAACGUUUUGAACUUGUUUGAAUGAUAUGUCAACAACUAUGCAAGUCGUAUGAUUUUUAAUAUGUAUGCCAAGACACGUCUUUUAAUAUUUUAUAUCAAUUGUUAGAAUUGCUAACAACGGACAGUCUGAAUCGGAUAUUAUUUCCUUUGACCACUCGACUAUCGAUACCGAAAAAGUUCCAAAUGUAUGUGUUUUUAAAAUCGUGUCCAUUUAAAAAGCCUUACAUUUCAAUUCGUCCAAACUAGAAACGCCAAAUAUCUGGAAUUAUCUUAAUAUAUGUA